AUGAAAGCGCAGGUGGAUGUGGUCUGCUGUAAAUCAGUAGGAACUGAUCUGUCCAUGCUGGAUAUUGAGGAUUUCAUCACAGAAAUCUGUCAGCUGAAGAAAGAGGUGGCUUCACUGGAGGCAAAGCUGAGAGAAAGAGGAGACAAACUGAACAGAGAGGAUCUGGAGGAGGUGUGUGUGAAAGAUGGGACAGAAGCUCAGGAUCAUGAAUCCACUGAUCAAACCUCUGACUGUAACGCUGGAGAACAGCAGAUGCUGCAGACGCCGCUGAAGAUGUGCUCCGUCAAACUGGUGGACUGCAGGAACCUGAUCGAGAGCAGAGGAGAAGAAACCACCGCAGAGAAACAACAACAACACACUGAUGAGGAAGAGGAGGAGGAUUAUCGUAUUGAUGAUGGGAAUGAUGAUGAAAGUGAUGGUAAUGAUGGGAAAGAAGCUCAGGAUUCAGUCUGGAGCGUCAGAGAUCAGAGAUCCAGAGACACAAAGGACUCAGAUCUCAGCCUCACUUUACUCUGUUAUACUGACGCUCAGGAUCAUGAAUCCACUGAUCAAACCUCUGACUGUAACGCUGGAGAACAGCAGAUGCUGCAGACGCCGCUGAAGAUGUGCUCCGUCAAACUGGUGGACUGCAGGAACCUGAUCGAGAGCAGAGGAGAAGAAACCACCGCAGAGAAACAACAACAACACACUGAUGAGGAAGAGGAGGAGGAGGAGAAUAAUGGGGAGGAAGAUGAUGAUGAUCACAGUGAUGAUGAUGAUGAUGAUCGGAAAAAGGAUGGUGAAGGUCAGAACAAGGAUGAUAAAGAUCAGAGUGAUGAUGAUCAGAAUAAGGAUGAUAAAGAUCAGAAUAAAGAUGAUGAAGAUCAUGGUGAUGAUGAUGACCGGAAUAAAGAUGAAGAUCAGAGUUAUGAUGAUGAUGAUCAGAAUAAGGAUGAUGAAGAUCAGAAUGAUGAUGUUGAUGAUGAUGACUUUGUUCCCCCAGAUGAUAACGCUGGUUCAUCUUCUGAUGGAGAAACUGCAUCUACUUCCAAAGAGCAAUGGACAGUGAAGGACUGUGGAAAGACAUUGAGCAAACACGGUCAUUCAGUGAGACAAAAGAGAAAAGACACAGAACAGAAAGAAUUCACUUGCAGGAAAUGCAACAUAAGUUUUCCUACCUUUAAAGAGAGGAAACGUCAUUCAAAAAAGCACGAAGUGAAGAAGGAGUUUCGCUGCGAACAAUGCGGAAAGGAUUUUUUCACCUUUACUUAUAAUAUGAAAGUUCAUAUGAAGACACACGAGGAAAAGUCUUUCCAGUGCAACGAAUGUAACAAGUUUUUCCGCAGCAUUAGUAAUCUUACUAUACAUAAGAGAAUCCACACGGGUGAAAAGCCAUACAAGUGCCCUCAAUGUGAGAAGAGCUUCAGCCAGAGAACGCAUCUGAAGAACCAUUUACUCUUUCACACUAAUGAGAGACUGCAUCAAUGCCCUCACUGCGAGAAGAGCUACAACGUUAGAUCAGAUCUUAAGAAACAUAUACUCAAGCACAGCAAUGGAGGGCCGCAAACCCUUUUACUCACACACAGCGAUGAGACACCACAUCAGUGCCCUCACUGCGAGAAGAGCUUCAGUCUCAUAUCAGCUCUGGAAAAACAUCAACUCACACACAGUGAUGAGAGGCCAUACCAGUGCAGUGAAUGUGGAAAAACCUAUAAAAACGCCACUUCUCUAAAGGCACACCAAAUAAUACACUCUGACAAACCGUAUCAGUGUUCACACUGUGAGAAACGUUUCCAUCAUUCGACUCACCGGAAAACCCAUGAGAGGAUUCACACCGGAGAGAAACCGUACCUGUGCUCCGACUGCGGGAAGAGCUUUGCUAGUUCAUUUUCGUACAGGAUUCAUCGGAGAGUUCACACAGGAGAAAGACCGUAUCCCUGUAGUGAUUGUGGGAAGAGUUUUUAUAAGCUAAGUGACUUAAAAAUACAUCGGAGGACUCAUACAGGCGAAAAACCUUUUAAAUGCUCACAUUGUGACAAGACUUUUCCUCGAGCAAGUGCCAAGAAUAUCCAUGAACGAAUACAUACAGGAGAGAAACCUUACUGCUGCUCCAUCUGCGGAGAGAGAUUUGCUUUUAAAUGGGUUUUUCAGACCCACAAGAAGAAACACACUGCUCCAGAGUCAUCAUAGCUUCUUCUUGUUCAAUGUAAUGUGCAGAUCAGUGUCUGAUAUUGUAUCAUAAUGUGCCUUUAUGGGUUUUUUUAAUGGAUGACUUAAAAAAAAAAUUAAACUG